AGCGGUUAGUAGUAGAUGGAACCAUAGUAAAUAUUGAAACUCGGAUACUCUUUAAGAGGCUUUGUUCGUACGAGCGGCCGGGCUGUACUCCUGACUGAAGGAGAGAAAGAGAUCUUUCAUUGAUCGAUCCAAAGUGUUGAUACGAUUUACGAGCCAUGCAUCAUCAUCAAGACCAUGAUGAUGACGAUGGGAGAAGACUACGAUAUAUCGCGGAUGAAAUAUAAAGAAGAAGAAGAAGAAGAAGAUAACAUGGCGGCGAUGAUCAAUGAGCCGCUUCUAAUUCCCCAACAGCCUUCUUUUCCUGAAUCUCUUCUCCUCUAUCUCUGUGUUGGCCACUUUUUGUCCAGAUGGAGUGCCAGGAUGUGGGAGUUCUCUGUUGGUUUAUACAUGAUUGAUUUUAUGCCAAACUCACUGCUCCUAGCAGCUGUUUAUGGUGUGGUGGAAUCUGCCUCUACCGCCUUGUUCGGCCCCCUUGUUGGGCAAUGGGUUGAUAGCUUAACAUAUGUCAAGGUCGUCCAACUUUGGUCAUUAAUGCAGAAUCUAUCUUUUAUAGUUGCUGGAGGCUCUGUGCUUGCCUUGCUGGUGUACUUGGAUCUAUCUUUCACAGCUUUUGUCUCACUCGUAAUUUUGACCAAUAUUUCUGGAGCCAUUGGCGUGCUUUCCACUCUUGCCGGGACCAUCUUGAUCGAAAGAGAAUGGGUAGUGGUGAUAUCAGAAGGACAGCCUCCGAAUGUUUUGACAGAGCUGAACUCAGUUAUCAGAAGGAUAGAUUUGAUUUGUAAGCUAUUUGCACCUGUGUUGACCGGUUUCAUCAUCAGCUUCAUAUCACUAAAAGCAUCUGCACUGGCUUUGUCACUUUGGAAUGUCAUCUCCGUUUGCCUGCAAUAUUGGCUUUUAAUGUCCGUAUACAACGGGAUCCCGGCUCUAAGGGAAAGGAACAAAAUGAGGCUCUCCAGAUCCAGAGGUUCUCCGAUGCUAGAAGAAAGACAAAGUCCAUCUACUUCCGUGGAGGAGAGCAACUUGCUUUUUAAUGUUGGGAAUGAUCCGAAUCUGCCUGAAAGCAACUGGAAAACGAAGAUGAUAAGGCGAUUGUCCAAGAUCCCCUGCAUAAGUGGCUGGAGAGUAUACUUGGAGCAAGAUGUGGUACUCCCAGGAUUGUCUCUUGCUUUGUUGUUUUUUACGGUUCUCAGCUUUGGAACUCUAAUGACAGCAACACUGGAAUGGGAGGGUAUACCUGCAUUCGUGAUUGGAAUAGCGCGCGGAGUGAGUGCUACAGUAGGAAUAGCUGCAACAUUUCUGUAUCCCGUCUUGCAGUCUCGAAUUUCGACGCUUAGAACAGGACUUUGGUCCAUCUGGUCUCAGUGGGCAUGCCUCUUGAUAUGCUUGGCUUCGAUAUGGGUGCAAAAGAGACUCGCAUCAGCGUAUAUGUUGAUGGGCGGUGUGGCUGCCUCACGCCUCGGCCUCUGGAUGUUCGACUUGUCCGUCAUUCAACAGAUGCAGGAUCAAGUUCCUGAAUCGGAUCGCAUUGUAGUAGGGGGGGUACAAAAUUCCCUCCAGUCUGUUCUCGAUUUGAUGACCUAUGUCAUGGGCAUAGUCAUCUCCAAUCCCCAGGAUUUCUGGAAGUUAACGAUGAUAUCCUUCGUGCUAGUGACAACUGCUGCAGGGCUUUAUAGCGUGCACAUUUAUCGAGUGCGGAAGCACCUCAUUCAUUGGGAGAAGCUGUUUAGAUUUUAAAAACUACUACAAAUUCACAUCUGGUGAAUAUAAUAUGUAAAUAUUGUGGCUCCUUCAGGGGCCUCUUCCUUUCCCUAUUGAUGCUAAACUUUGGAUUGCUUUUCUUUAACAUAAUAAAUUCCAUGAAACAAAUUGAAUGGGAUUGAAAUA